UCGUUUUUUAAAUUUUAAUUUAGCUUUCAAAUAUUAUCAUGGUAUCAAGUCUUGUUUCACAUUUUUAUGGGAAAUAUGGCCAAUUUGAUAUCAGCAUUAUCCUCUAUUUUAAAAGAAAGUUUAUCAAUUGGUUCCGCAAAUUAACGCAAUCAAUAUAUUAUGUUAAUGAAAUGUAUAACAAUCAAUUUCAUCAAUAUAUUUCAACAAACACGACCUCCUGACAACAAAUCUAAAUAUGACAACAAUCUAAAAUCCACAAAAAAUGGUUUUGGAAGUUUUAUUUGUGACAACAGCACUAAAAACAAUUGGUUUAGUGGGUUCAUCACUAUGGUUAAUUCCUCUAUUAUUGGCUGGCCUAACAUAUUAUAAAUACGAUACUUUAGAUCCCGAAUCAAAACCGAUAAAUCGACAGCAACUAUAUCCAGAAUAUGAUUUUGUAGUUGUGGGUGGAGGUUCCGCUGGAGCGGUUGUAGCAAAUCGUCUAACAGAGAUUCCACAAUGGCAAGUAUUAUUACUGGAAGCGGGUCCCGAUGAAAAUGAAAUUAGUGAUGUUCCAUCUUUAUCGGCGUAUUUACAACUUAGUAAAUUAGAUUGGCAAUACAAGACAGAACCCACAGGACGUGCUUGUUUAGGAAUGAAACAUGGACGUUGUAACUGGCCAAGGGGGAAAGUUUUGGGUGGAUCAAGUGUUUUAAAUUACAUGAUUUACGUUCGAGGGAACAGACAUGAUUAUGAUCAUUGGGAAAGUCUAGGUAAUCCUGGAUGGGGCUACGAAGAUGUGCUUCGAUAUUUUAUAAAAAGUGAAGAUAAUCGAAAUCCGUAUCUAAGUCGUACAAAAUACCAUGGUCGUGGAGGAUAUUUAACGGUACAAGAAUCACCAUGGCGUACUCCUCUGGUUGUUGCUUUUGUUCAAGCAGGCACAGAAAUUGGAUAUCAAAAUCGUGAUAUUAAUGGAGCCGAACAAACUGGAUUUAUGAUAGCGCAGGGAACAAUUCGACGAGGAAGUCGAUGUAGUACGGCGAAAGCAUUUAUACGUCCGGUACGGCUGAGGAAAAAUUUGCAUGUGGCAUUAAAUUCACAUGUGAUUAAACUGUUGGUAAAUCCUUUUACGAUGCGAGCGUAUGGCGUAGAAUUUGUACGAAAUGGAAAACGGCAAAUUGUUAUGGCCAGGAAAGAGGUGAUUUUAUCAGCGGGUGCGUUAAAUACACCACAGAUUUUAAUGUUAUCUGGUAUUGGACCGAAGGAACAUUUACAAAAAUUAGGAAUACCAGUGAUUCAAAAUCUUCGUGUAGGUGAUAAUUUACAAGAUCACGUCGGCGCAGGAGGAAUCACAUUUUUAAUCAACAAACCAGUAUCCAUUGUACAAACUCGUUACCAGUCAACACCCGUAACUAUGGAAUACAUUUUAAAUCAGCGAGGUCCAAUGACCACUUUGGGUGGAGUUGAAGGAAUCGCCUUUGUAAAUACAAUAUACUCAAAUAUCUCAGGAACAUGGCCAGAUAUACAAUUUCAUAUGGCACCGGCGAGCAUUAAUUCCGAUGCUGGAGUACGUGUGCGUAAAAUUUUAGGGAUAACAGAUGAGUUAUAUCAUAAAGUUUACAAACCAAUAGCGAACAAGGAUUCAUGGACAAUUAUGCCAUUAUUAUUACGACCUAGAUCACGGGGAACUGUACGCUUGCGCAGUACAAAUCCAUUUCAUUACCCCUUAUUCGACGCGAAUUACUUCGAUGAUCCUCACGAUGUAAAAACAUUGGUCGAAGGCAUAAAAAUUGCACUACAAGUCAGUAACGCCAAAGUAUUUCGACAAUUUGGAAGUCGAUUACAUAAUAUUCCAUUACCAAAUUGUGGUCAUUUACAAUUUGGUUCCGAUGAAUAUUGGGAAUGUCAUGUACGGACAAUUUCAAUGACUAUUUAUCAUCCGGUGGGAACAUGUAAAAUGGGUCCAAGUUGGGAUGAUGAAGCGGUUGUUGAUCCACGAUUACGGGUGUAUGGAAUUGAAGGAUUGCGGGUCAUAGACGCAAGUAUUAUGCCGACAAUAUCGAGUGGGAAUACAAAUGCUCCGACGAUUAUGAUCGGAGAAAAAGGUGCUGAUAUGAUUAAAGAAGAUUGGUUACGAAAAUUAAAACGACGGACUAGUUAAGGUUUUGUUUUAGUGUGUGAAAUAAAUUCAG